AUGGAGGCCGUGCGGCAAAUCCUCGACCGCGUGCUCGGCCUCUCCCAGAGCCUCGGUGGCCUAGCAGCGCCUCUGUCCGGCUGCCUCCACAUCGUGAAGGGGGCGCUCGACCUGUGCUUGUCGCUCAGAGAGCAGCACGAAGGUAUCAAGGCGCUCGCAGCCAACCUCCCAGGCGUUGCGAGGGUCCUUGGUGACCUCGCUUGCACCGAUGGCAUCCACGAGAGCGACUCGCUGGCAGCGGCUCUGAAGACCCUGGAGGAAGCGCUGAACUCCUGCCACACGCUGCUCCGGGAAUGGGAGCGCACGGGCAAGGUCAAGAAGGCAGUGAAGAGCUGGGAGCUGCAGCUGGCGGGCGCCACAGGCCAAGUGUCAAUCGCGCUGAAGCUGAUCUCCGCGAGCGGCGUCGGCCUGACGCAGGAGACGCGCGCCGAGGUCAUGCGGAUGCGGAAGGACCUGCUGUGCGUCAUCAGCGGUGUGGAGCAGCUGCUGAGUGCCGCGUGCCACAACAGCCAGCAGCUGGACGUGCUGGUGGGGCAGGUGGCGCAGCUGCAAGCGAGGUCUGGGGGCAUGAGCUACGAGCGGCUUGAGGUCGUGGCGGCCGAGCUUCGGAGCGCGGUGCCCAACGAGGUCGAGCGCAUCAUGGAGCGUCAUUUGAUGAAGGCACGGGCGAAGGACGAGGAGCGGCAUGCGAGGAUGGUCGGCACGAUCGUGCACGAGGUCGUCCAGGUGAUCAAGCGCGCUGGGGUCGGGGCGCGUCCGGUGCAGGCUUCAGAGCUGCGCGGUGCAUUGGAAGGCAUCAUGGACGAGCGGCUGGAGCCGAUGAUUCAGAGAGUGAUGCAGCAGAGCAUGGCGAGCGAGUGGCAGAGGGCGAUGGAGCAGAUGGUGCUGCGUGUGCUGGCUGGCAUGAACGAACAGCGCGAGCACUUGCUCAUGCAAAGCAACCCAGAGAACAAAGCACAGGUCGAGCAAGCCAUCGCGGAUGCGAAAGGGUGCGUAUUCGCUCGCAAGCGGCGCGUGGAGAUGCGCACCAGAGCACCCAGAAUCCCGUCGUCCGAGGUCGUGCUGGGCGAUGACUUGUCGUAUAGCGGCGGCAGCGCGAUCGUCAAGCACGGGACGUGGACGCCACAUCCCGGCGUGUCUAUUCCCGCCGCUGUCAAAGUGCUGGGGACUCGCGACAUCGGCGACACGGCAAAGCAGACCUACCUGCGCGAGGCAGAGGUGUUGUUCCGCGCGCUGGCGCGCAGCGACCGUGUCUGCCGGCUGUACGGCUACGUCGACGAUCCUGCCGCGGGCCACGUGCUGCUGGUGAUGCGCCAGUACGAGGGGUCGGUGAUGUCGCUGAUCGCGAAGGCGGACGGGCGGCCGAUGGACCUGCGAGACAUGACGCGCGUGCUCGUGGACGUGGCACAGGCGCUGGUCGACAUGCACGCCAUGGGCCUGGCCCAUAUGGAUGUCAAGCCGCACAACGUGCUGGUCGACGAGAGCGGGAGGGCGGUGCUGGCGGACUUCGGGCUGGCGCGCUUCGGGGCGACGAUGGCGCAGCCGUCGCUGCCGUCGCUGCCCACGAAAGUAGAGAAUGCCCGCACGAACCUGUACGCUGCGCCUGAGCAGUUCACGAUCAAGCUCAAGCAGCACAGGGGCCCGGCGUCGGACGUCUGGGCGUACGCGGCGAUGGCGCACCACAUGAUGACGGGGCGCAUGCCGUUCGAGGGGCAGUUCGAGAACGAGCACGACAUCAGGGAGCUGGUGCUGGAGGGGGAGGCGCUGGAGAUCCCGGGAGGGGUGUUUUGUUCGCAGCUCGAGGAGGCGCUGCGCAGCUGUCUCGUCAAGGACCCGAGCAAGAGACCGGCGGCCACGACCCUUUUGCGGGCGGCGGAGGCGCAGCUUCAUCUGAUGGGGGAUGCCCCGUCAGACCUGGAUGGGGUGGAUGACGAUGCGCACGCGUCGCACUCCGGGAGGCAAGGCGUUGUGCGAGAGCAGUCUGGGGCGACCGAGAUGAUGGACGCCGGCGGCCCGGUGCACGCGCCUGAGCUGCGCGCGGCGAACCUUGACCUGCAGCAGCGCUCGCCCGUCGCGAGGCCGCCGGCGAACGGCACCGCCAGCCGCCAGGACAUAUCCGAGGACGAGCGCGUCGCGCAGCUCCAGAACAUGGGCUUCUCGCGGCUCGACGCGGAGGACGCGGUGGAGUUGCAUGGCGCGAAUCUGGACGCGGCGGCGGACUGGAUCCUGUCGGGCGGGCCGCAGAGGCUGGCGCAGGGGGGCGCGUCGCACACGCAUGCGACGGCGUGGGUGGAAGACGCGGCGGUUCUGGGCGCAGACCUGGACACGGCGGUGGGCUGGAUCCUGUCGGGCGGCCCGCAAGGGGCGCAAGAGGGCGACAGCGGGGCGCAGGCGGCGGGGCGCGAGCGGCAGCCCAGCGACGCGGAGGUCACGCAUGACUCGGGCGACAGUGAUGGUGAGUCUUUGGAGUCGCUUGCGGGGGCGUUGGUGGCGGGCGGAGAGACGGGGACAUGGCGGAGGGCAAGCCCCACGGAUCGGCUCAAGCUCGAGUUCGACGCGUUGUCGUGCGACCCGGGCAGUGACCACAUGGAGCAACCCUACAUGCGCAUUUUCCUGCUGAACGGGGAGGGGGGUCGUAUUAGCAAGACGCCGAAGCGCACUCCGGCCGCCGCUGAACGUGUCGACGACGGCGAGUGGCGCCUUGACCACGCCGUCGCCCUGAACAUUUCCCUGCGCAGCCUGUCCAGCAUGCCGGGCGCGGUGGUGCUGCUUGAGGUGAUGCAUCUCAAGCAGCGCAGAUCGAAGGGACAGAAGGAGUCGCUGCGCGCGUGGACUUUCAUCCGGGUCCAGGACGUGCUGCGGGCGCUCCUCUACGGGGAGGAGUACGAGGUACAACAUGGAACAAUGGACCUGGCGUUGUACCGGAAGCCGUCGGACCCGACGCUGCGGAGGCUGCACCGCAUGUCAACGAAGAAGUACGCGAACCAGCUGACCGUGUGUGUUGGCGUAGACGGCAGCUCUUGA